GUAUUGUCCUUCCUGCAAAAAUGAUUCUAAUGAAGUUGUAAAGGCUGGAGAAAAGCUCAAACAGAGUAAAAAGAAAGCAAAGAUGCCAUCUGCCAGUACUGAAAGCCAGAGAGACUGGGGCAAGGGCAUGGCCUGUGUUGGUCGCACUAAGGAAUGCACUAUUGUUCCUUCAAAUCAUUAUGGACCUAUACCUGGUGUUCCUGUUGGGACAACCUGGAAGUUCAGAGUUCAGGUGAGCGAAGCAGGUGUUCACAGACCGCAUGUGGGUGGAAUCCAUGGACGCAGUAAUGAUGGAGCUUAUUCACUUGUAUUAGCUGGAGGAUUUGAAGAUGAAGUGGAUCGAGGAGAUGAAUUCACUUACACUGGCAGUGGAGGUAGAGAUCUUUCUGGAAAUAAAAGGAUUGGAGAGCAUUCAUUUGAUCAGACAUUAACACACAUGAAUAGGGCAUUGGCCCUUAACUGUGAUGCCCCACUGGAUGACAAAAAUGGAGCGGAAUCUAAGAACUGGAGAGCUGGUAAGCCAGUCAGAGUGGUACGCAGUUCAAAAGGACGGCGAAUCAGCAAGUAUGCCCCAGAGGAAGGCAACAGAUAUGAUGGCAUUUAUAAGGUGGUGAAAUACUGGCCAGAAAUUGGAAAAUGUGGAUUUUUAGUUUGGCGCUAUCUUCUGAGGAGAGAUGAUGUUGAGCCUGCACCUUGGACUUCAGAAGGAAUAGAGCGGUCAAAGAAACUUGGUCUGAGCGUACAGUAUCCAGAAGGUUAUCUGGAAGCCAUGGCUAGUAAGGAGAAGAAAGAUAAGGUUAAAAAGCAAACCGUCAAACAGGAGCCAACCAGCCAGAGUAAUGGAAACCAGAAAAGGACAAUUGAUGAUGGUAUAGAGGAACCUACAAAUACACCCAAAGCCAUGAGGAUGGGAGAUGGAGGGAAAGGAGAGGCUUUCCAGUUGACCCAAGAGCAGCAAUGGCUGAUUAGAGAAGACUGUAUGAACCAGAAACUGUGGGAUGAAGUACUUGCUUCUCUUAAGGAAGGACCAAAUUUUCUGAAGAAACUGGAACAAUCCUUUAUGUGUGUCUGCUGCCAGGAGCUGGUUUACCAGCCAGUGACAACAGAGUGCCUCCACAACGUCUGUAAAAGUUGUUUACAGCGCUCCUUCAGAGCAGAAGUCUUCACCUGCCCUGCCUGCCGCUAUGACCUGGGAAAGGGCUACACCAUGGUUCCCAACAAGAUCCUGCAGACACUACUGGACCAGUUCUUCCCUGGUUACAGUAAAGGACGAUGAUGUGCUCAGAUCCUUCUGAACUUCUUCCAGUGACUGUAUAGAGAGUAAAGGAGAAUAAAAAUGGGAAAUUCAGCAGUGGACCAGCCAGCUCGAUGGGACUCAGUAUAUUGACACAUUUUGAAGCAGCUAACCCUCUUCCCCUUGUAGCCAUCUUUUUGGUGUAGUGAGAACUCUUAAUUCUCAGCUGUCUUUUAACAUCAAGGGUAGUUUUGGCGAGUUAACAAAUAGUUUUUAAAGAAAGGAAAAAAAAAAGCCUCAGCUCUUACUGGCCUAGCUGAUGCUUAAUUUAUGAUUUUUUUUGUUUUCUGUAACUACCUCAGGACAGAGGAAAAUAAAUUGUGGGGAUGACAAAAAGUUAGUUAAGUUUUAGCUACACACUGCCUCAUGAAUAUUAGUUGUGCCUGGUCCAUGUGGUUUGAUUUAAAAACAGACAACAAAACAAACCAAAACAAAAAAUCUGCAAAAAAUGGCAACCCCCCCCCCAGAAACAGCACUUAAGCCAGCUGGAUUAAAGAACAGCAAAUUCUGUGGUGUGCAUAAUCCUUUUUUGUCUUUUUCUUCUAUUAUGCUGUAUUUUUUUGCAAGAACAGGCUGAUUUUUAGUCUAUUUUUGUGAGCUUCAUUGUGCUUUUCUUGUAUCUUAUGCAAGUUGACUACUAAUGACUAAUGAGAACAAUAUGAAUGCAUUGUUGCUGCAUUAGUGUAAAGUGAUCUGUGUUUUUUGCACUUAAAGAGGGUAUUCAAGACACUCUAGUUGUGUAAAAAAUAUUUCAUAUAAAAAAGCCACUUCUGUAUUAGUUAAACUGUAUGCUUUUAGUAGGUCUUGUAUCAGUGGCAAUACAUCUACACAGCAUUUGAAGGCAGUGCUAGCUUGGAGAGGGUUCAAAUCGCUUCAUAUUGUGAUCUGAAAUUUUAUAUACAAUAUAUCCCCCCCCCAAAUAUACCUUAUUAAAUAUUUUAUGAUUC